AUGGCAACACCUGAAUCAAAAGUAAAGGAAGAGUAUGGAUCACCAUGUCAAGGAAUAAAGGAUAAUUUAGCUGAAUGUGUUAGAAAUAGCGAAUGUAUGGCAAAAGGUUUAACUUUUCAUGAAUGUAUCAAAUCUAAAGAUUUAGAUUCUGAAUGUAAAGAAUUAUUAUAUGCACUAUUUAAAUGUAGAAAAGAUAUGUAUGACCCAAGAAAUAGAUUCAGGGGAAAUGUAGCAUCAAUGGCAUAUAAUAAAGAAUUAUCAGAAAAGAAAAUGAAACAACAAAAAGAGGAAAGUGAAAAAAAAGAUAAUAAUGAUAGUAGCAAAACCAAUAGUAAUAGUAACAAUGAAAACAAUUAA